AUGAUUUCGACCCGUAAUGCAUUGGCAACUCGCUAUGCGAAGCUUGCAAGCCUUGUGGAACGAAGGGCUUCAAACCUCCAAACGUUUGCGACAAUGGCUCCUUUGACCUCUGUGGCUCAAAAUCAUAGGGUCGUUGUCAUUGGUGGCGGUAGUGCCGGCUUGGCUAUCAGCCAUCAAUUGCUACGGACAGGCCAAUUUUCCCAGGACAGCAUCGCUAUCGUCGACCCUGCGGCAUGGCACCACUACCAGCCUGGAUGGACCCUUGUAGGCGGCGGUCUCAAAUCGAAACAAGAGUUGCGAAGACCGAUGGAUGGCUUGAUCGACCCCAAGGUCAAGUUUUACCAACAAGCUGUUAGUACCUUCUCCCCGAAAGAGAACAGUGUCAAGUUGGAAAGCGGCGACGAACUCUUUUACGAACAACUUGUCGUCGCUCCGGGUAUCAACGUCGACUACGGUAGCAUCAAAGGACUACCAGAGGCCUUGGCGAAUCCAAACUCUCUUAUUUCUUCCAUCUACGGCUAUGAUACCUGCGACAAAGUUUUUGGUACUUUUCAAAAGUUUCAGACAGGCAAUGCCAUCUUCACCCAGCCAGCAGGCGCCAUCAAGUGCGCUGGCGCACCUCAAAAGGUUAUGUGGCUUGCAUUGCAUUACUGGAAGCGUAUGGGUUUAUAUAACCCUAGCAACACUGCAGGUUCGCCGAUCAAGAUCAGCUUCGCCACGGGAAUCCCGGCUAUGUUCGGCGUGCCCAAGUACAGCGCCAAGCUGGAAGAACUGAGGAAGGAAAGAGGCGUCGAGGGACUUUUCCAGCACGAUCUCGUCGCUGUCGAAGGCAACACGGCGACCUUUGCAUGUCCUGAGACGAAAGAUACCGUCACCAGAAAGUUCGAUCUAAUGCACGUUGUUCCCAAAAUGGGACCCCACGCAUUCGUCAAAAAUAGCCCCCUUGCUGACGCAGCCGGUUUUGUUGAUGUUGACCCAGCAACAACUCGCCACAUCAAGUACCACAAUGUCUGGUCAUCGGGUGAUGCGUCUAGUUUGCCCACCUCAAAAACUGCUGCAGCAAUCACUGCGCAGGCGCCAAUUUUGGUCAACAACUUGUUACGAUCGCUGGACGGAAAGGAACCCGAGGCAAGGUACGAUGGCUACACCUCAUGCCCACUUACAACCGAGUACGGCAAGGUCUUGCUUGCCGAGUUCAAGUACGGUGGAGUGCCUAAGGAAACAUUUGGAGACCUGAUCGGUUUUGACCAGGCAGUUCCUCGCCGUACUUUUUACCACCUGAAGAAAGACUUUUUCCCGUGGGUUUACUACAACUCUAUGGUGAAGGGUACUUGGGGCGGCCCUAGGGGCUGGAUGAACUAG